AUGACUUCAACAGAGGACUCCAAGACCUACAGACAGAAGUUCCGGACGGUGACGAUUCCUGCUGGAGAGAACCCUGCGGAGACGUACCACCGCCUCAAGGGGCUCUACCGCCGAUGGAUCCGCCCGGAGCAGCACACAAAGGAGCAGAUCGGAGAGCAGAUCAUCCUGGAGCAGCUUCUGCGUGUUUUCCCCGCAGAUAUCCGCACCUGGGUGAAGGAGCACAAGCCGACACAGGGCCUAGCGGCGGCUAAACUAGCGCAGCAGUACCUCAACGCUCGGAGAGGAGGCCCAGCGCCUUACCAAGGUGGUCCCGGACGUCAGACUCCAGCACAGACCAGCUCUGCCAGAGUCCACACACAGCAGUCUGCAGACUCCAACCAUGCCGCCAGCCAGCGCGGUCCCGUUCGCCACCAUCGCCGCUCCACUGACCGCGCUGACGAUGAAGGACCAGAGGAACCCGGUUGUCUGGAACGAGGACUGCGAGACAGCCUUCCAGGCCCUCAAGUCCUGCCUCUGCUCAUCGCCGGUGCUGCGGAGCCCCGACUUCGAACAGCGGUUCCUGGUCCAGACUGA